AUGUCUAGGACAAGAGACGACUUAAAAAAGAAUAUGGUGGCAAUGCAUCAGGAUAAUAAACGAUUCAAAUUUAAUAAGGAUCUAUACACUGGAGGUGUAUCAUACGUAUGCAAAACGUGUAAGAAAGAGUUUAAGAACAAAACGACUUUCUAUACGCAUGAGAGAAUUCAUAAAAGCGAAAAACCCUAUCAAUGCGAGCUUCGUGAAUUUAAAAGUGUUAAAAAGGAAAACCUAACACGUCACGUGAGAUCAGUGCACAGAAAUGGUGAACGUUUCAAGUCUAAUAAGAAUCUAUAUACUGGAGGUGUAUCACACAAAUGCGGAACGUGUAAUAAAGAGUUUAAGAAAAAAUGGAAUUUGAAUAGACAUGUGAGAACUCAUACAGGCGAAAAACCUUAUCAAUGCAAAUUAUGUGAACAUAAAUUUAGUCGAAAGGAACACCUAACACAUCACGUGAGAUCAGUGCACAGAAAUGGUGAACAUUUAAAGUCUAAUAAGGAUCUAUACACUGGAGGUGUACCACACAAAUGCAAAACGUGUAAUAAAGAGUUUACGUUAAAAUCGAGUUUGAAUAGACAUGUAAGAAUUCAUACAGGCGAAAAACCUUAUCAAUGCAAAUUAUGUGAACAUAAAUUUAUUCGAAAGGAACACCUAACAUGUCACGUGAGAUCAGUGCACAGAAAUGGUGAACGUUUAAAGUCUAAUAAGAACCUGUACACUGAAAUUGUAUCAUACAAAUGCGGAAUGUGUAAUAACGAAUUUAAGAGCAAAGCGCAUUUGUAUAUUCAUGAGAGAACACAUAUAAACGAAAAACCUUAUCAUUACUUAAUGGUACUUGGUUAUCAUGUGGACUCGAAGCACAAACAUAAAAGACAACAUCCCCUUGCAAGGAGAAGAGACGCCUUAAGAAAGCAUAUGGUGGCAAUGCAUAAGGACGUUGAACGAUUGAAAUCUAAUAAGGAUCUAUAUACUGGAGGUGUAUUAUACACAUGCGGAACGUGUGAUAAAAGAUUUGUGUGUAAAACCGACUGGUCUCGUCAUGAGAGAAUUCAUACAAACGAAAAGCCUUAUAAAUGUGAUAUUUGUGGUCACAUGUCUAGGACAAGAGACGACUUAAAAAAGAAUAUGGUGGCAAUGCAUCAGGAUAAUAAACGAUUCAAAUUUAAUAAGGAUCUAUACACUGGAGGUGUAUCAUACGUAUGCAAAACGUGUAAGAAAGAGUUUAAGAACAAAACGACUUUCUAUACGCAUGAGAGAAUUCAUAAAAGCGAAAAACCCUAUCAAUGCGAGCUUCGUGAAUUUAAAAGUGUUAAAAAGGAAAACCUAACACGUCACGUGAGAUCAGUGCACAGAAAUGGUGAACGUUUCAAGUCUAAUAAGAAUCUAUAUACUGGAGGUGUAUCACACAAAUGCGGAACGUGUAAUAAAGAGUUUAAGAAAAAAUGGAAUUUGAAUAGACAUGUGAGAACUCAUACAGGCGAAAAACCUUAUCAAUGCAAAUUAUGUGAACAUAAAUUUAGUCGAAAGGAACACCUAACACAUCACGUGAGAUCAGUGCACAGAAAUGGUGAACAUUUAAAGUCUAAUAAGGAUCUAUACACUGGAGGUGUACCACACAAAUGCAAAACGUGUAAUAAAGAGUUUACGAUAAAAUCGAGUUUGAAUAGACAUGUAAGAAUUCAUACAGGCGAAAAACCUUAUCAAUGCAAAUUAUGUGAACAUAAAUUUAUGUGA